GAGAGAGAGAGAGAGAGAGAGAGAGAGAGAUUCUCCAACCAAACCGCAGGCAGAGACACAGUGAAUUUCUGCUGGUCGGUCUGCUUGCCGGUUUGUGAACGAACUCAGGGGCCGAUGAUCGAACCCUGUUCAGUAGCACCUGAAUACCGAGGAGGAGAGGAGCGAGCGAGCGAGCGAGCGAAAGAGCGCAGCGACCUGACUCUCGUCUCCAGUCUCAGCGAACAGAACCGUCGUUCUCCGGAUGAGCGCGUUCACUCCGGCGGCUCCGGCUCCAGGUGGACAGUAUGACAGUGUAGGCACGCUGGCACAAGUUGUGCGAAACAACUGAAACACGCGUUGGACUUCUGGUGUCCUGUGUGAGCGCAACGUCUCCAUGUCCAUCUGACAAAGAGGUAGCGAUCUGGACUAAAGCUUUCAGAAAACAAGUUAGGUGGAAACUCUUAAUUAUUACAUAAACAUACAUUGUACUGCUUCGGGACUAUUAAACACGAGGAAGAGUUAAAAGUCAUUAUAAGAGGCACAAGGAAGUUUCAGAUUUCGAAGACGACGGAAUCAAGUUUUGGAGAAGCGACUAAGUCUACUACUGCUGGAAAAAGGCGAGAGAAAUUUUGGAGAUGGAUGUUGCAGCUGAUCAGCCCCGGUGGAUGGCUCAUCAUCACGCCGUACUGAACGGUCAGCAUCCAGACUCGCACCACCCGGGCCUGACUCACAAUUACAUGGAGCCCACGCAGCUCCUGCCGCCGGACGAGGUGGACGUGUUCUUCAACCACCUGGACUCGCAAGGGAACCCCUACUACCACAACUCGGCUCACGCCCGUGCCAGAGUCUCCUAUAGCCAAGCUCACGCUCGCCUCACGGGGAGCCAGGUGUGCCGACCGCACCUGAUCCACAGCCCCGGCAUCCCGUGGCUCGACAGCGGCAAGGCGGCUCUGUCUGCCGCCCACCACCACAACGCGUGGGCCGUGAGCCACUUCAGCAAGCCAGGCCUUCACCCCGCCGGCUCCGGUGCUCCGGGCGGCCUCUCCGUCUACCCGUGCAGCAGUACCUCCAACACGGCCUCAGCCUCCUCACUGACCCCCGCGUCCCACUCCAGUCCUCACAUCUACAGCUUCCCACCCACGCCUCCCAAGGACGUGUCCCCGGACCCGGGAACCGCCUCCCCCGGCUCCUCCAACAGAAUGGACGAGAAGGAGUCCAUCAAGUACCAGGUGUCCUUAGCGGACGGAAUGAAGAUGGAGGGAACCAGUCCGAUCCGGAGCAGCUUGGCGUCCAUGAACAGCCAAACCCCGUCCACGCAUCACCCCAUCCCGACGUACCCCGCGUACCCGCUCCCGACGGCGCACGACUACGGCGGCAGCCUGUUCCACCCCGGCAGCCUGCUGGGGGGCUCCUCACACAGCUUCACCCCAAAGAGCAAGAGCAAGACUCGGUCGUGCUCAGCAUGCUGCUCAGAGGGACGUGAGUGCGUCAACUGCGGAGCCACCUCCACGCCCCUGUGGCGACGGGAUGGCACUGGACACUACCUCUGCAAUGCCUGCGGCCUCUACCACAAGAUGAACGGCCAGAACCGACCCCUCAUAAAACCCAAGCGCAGACUGUCCGCCGCGAGACGCGCGGGCACGUGCUGCGCCAACUGCCAGACCACCACGACCACACUGUGGCGGCGCAACGCGAACGGCGACCCCGUGUGCAACGCCUGCGGACUCUACUACAAACUGCACAACGUCAAUCGGCCGCUGACCAUGAAGAAGGAGGGAAUCCAGACUCGCAAUCGUAAGAUGUCCAACAAGUCCAAGAAGAGCAAGAAGGGCAGCGAGGGCUUUGAAGAGCUCUCCAAGUGCAUGCACGACAAAGCCUCGCCCUUCAGUGCUGCUGCGCUGGCUGGCCACAUGUCCCAUAUGGGUCAUCUGCCACCCUUCAGCCACUCUGGACACAUGCUGCCCACUCCCACGCCCAUCCAUCCUUCCUUUGGCCACCCCCAUCAUUCUAGCAUGGUUACGGCCAUGGGCUGAACUGUACCAACACCCCGCUGAUCCACUAAGCUGCCCAGGCCAGUUGAGUGGUAGGGGAGGGGUAGGGCCUGCAAGAGUUCUAGAGUACCAUGGCUGGCUGGAUUGAGGGGGAGGUGAUGAUCUUAAGACGUAAUUUGACAGUGUUCUUCUAUUCCUGCACUGCAGAGGAACUGGAGCGAGUAAAUAGGGGAUGUUUUCUCCCUGUCAUUGUAAAGAUCAUCUUUAGAAUACUGGGUGCAAAAUUAGACUUCAUAUUUUGCUUUUCAUCACUUGGUACCUACUUAGAUAAAGUGUAACAUAUUAGUGGGGUCCCUGGGGGUCCCUUUGUCUCUCUUGUAAUCCAAAAGUGACCCUGUUGCUGCCCCGGCCCCCUGCUGCCCACCCACUGACAGGACCUUUAGUGGAGUGCGGCGACACCACAAAAAACUGUGAAUAUUGUAAAUGUCUACGAUACGAGAGGCGGGUCUGCCAGGAGAUGCGGACUGGCUCACUCUGCUUGUUUCAACAAAUGUAUGCUGGAUUUCUGAUCAUGGACUUCUCCUAUUUUUAAAAAAAACUUUAUGAAAAAAGGACAAGGAAACGAGCAAACAAAAAUUUAUAAAGGUUAAUUUUAAAGCAUUUUAUUAUAUUAUUAUUAUUAUUGUUAUUAUUAUUUUUAUCUGAUAAUUUAUUUUCAAUCUGCCUUUAUGUCCUUUCCUAAAACAUAUAAAUAUUGUUAAAGUUUCUGUUAUUAAUUAAACACUGACUUGUUUUAGCCAA